UAUUACUUUAACAGAAACGACUUUAUAUUUUAUUGUCCUUGUGUAAAAACAGGAGAAAGAGAACCAGGCCCGGACUGGACUUCGGGAGGAGGACCACUGCCCUGCUGUUUGUUUGUUUUAUUUAUUUAUUUACUUACUAAUUUAUUCGUUAUUAUUUUAUAUUAUUGCAUGUCCGUUGUAUCCAAGUGAUCCUUAACGAAUUCGGCAUUUGAUAAUAAUAAUAAACCAUGAAUCUGUUAGUUUUGACUUGCAGCGCUACCAUUCUCCUCGGUUCCGGUUCCGGUUCUGAACAGAGUCAGUGCACAGAGAGAGAAUGGAGAGGAAGCGGCCCGGUGAAAUGACAGCAUUAUUUACUGUAUAGUUAUAAUACUAAGUCAUUUAGCAGACAAAUAUCAAACGUGCAGUACAUUUAGGGAGCCCUCCAUGUUGUUAUUUUAAAUGUUGAAGUAACAAAUACAACAAUACAACCAAACAACACUUUUCCAAGCUCUGAGUCAUAAAAGGUAAUCUCAUGUUCAAGAUCAUGAUUUUUCUUAAUAGAUAUUGUCAUGAUGUAGUUAGUACUGUACUAACAGAUAUUUAGGCGAUUUAGAAAAUUAUGUCUGCGCAUUAGUGAUGUGUCAUUCAUGAAAGAUUCGUUCAUUUGGAACGACUCUUUAAUAUGACUCUUGUACGAGUUGUCUCAGAGAGUGAUUCGUUCAUUUUUGACCGCGCAUGCACCGCAACAUCCGCAUAAGUUCUGUACCGGAAGCAGAAAUGAUUAGUUCACAUCUCGAGUCUUGGGGUGCGAGUAGUUCGUUGUUCCGGUGUUUUUUUUAUGGGAGACCAUACUGUGUGUAAUAAAUUGAAUUUUCAAGGAAAAAUAGGGUUGUCAGUGGUUUAAAAAUUUGUUGUGGGUCUAUUGGGUGGCCUGGAUGAGUGUGAGACUGAAAUUAUGUCCCAGUCCGGCCGUGAAGAAAACUGCGUCACGUCCCGGACCUGAAAUCAUCUUCCCUGUAAAGCUGUUGUUUAUCAGCUGUGUGUUAUAUAUUUUAUAUAACACAUAUUUUAUAUAUAAGUUUCUCUCUUUGAUUAACAUUCAGUGUUUGGGGAAUUUAGAUUUAUGUGUGGAACAAACAUAAUGUGUUUUAAGAUCUGGCUUCUACGGAAAAAGCCAUGAUUAUUUAUUUUUUUUCUGAGCUGUUAUCUCCAGAUCACAACUUAGUUUUCUUGAGAUGUCCCUACAAAAUGUUUUCUUUAACAUUUAUUUUACUUUUCAGUUCCACACAGCCAUCACCAAAAUAGUGGGACAGUACGGAGGGGACGUGGUGGUGAAAAAAAUAUGAUAUAGGAGGAACUUUUAUAUUAUCAUGCUUUUGCGUUGCGUUCUCUCUGUACAAACAGUACUUCCGGUUUAAUUUCUCUCUGGCAGCAGGCCAGUGGUUCAGACAUACCACGUUCACAGUGGAGCGGUUCGUAGAGUUUUAUUUUGAUCUUGGACUCAAAGAUAAAGAAAUAAAGUCAGUGGUUAGUUGAAGGUUUUCACAGUGGAGUUAAGCACCAGCUCAUCCUGAAUUCUCGGUUAUUAGCCGCACGUCAUUUUUAGUUGCGCAGCUUUUAGACACUUAGCGGUAACAGCACCGAAAGCGGAAAACGAGCUCCUACACAACCAAAACAACUUCACUUUAAAUACACAACAGUCAUUUUAAAUAAAUAAGAAACAAAACCAACACACAAGAGGGUUCAUUUUUAUAUUUAUGCUUUUACAUUUAAAAAAUGAGCAAAAUUGAUUAAGUUUAAAGAGAUGCUAUAAAGCAUUAAGCCAAAUAAAAAUUCAUUUUUACUAAAAACAUGAUUUAAGAAAUAUUAUUAUCCAUCCAUCCAUCCAUCUUCUAUGCUGCAAGGUGGGGUACACCCUGGAUGGGGUGCCAAUCCAUCACAGGGCACAAUCACACACACAUUCCCAUUCACACACCCCCAUUCACACACCCAUUCAUACACUGUGGACACUUUGGACUUGCAAAUCAGCCUACCAGGUACUCAGGUACUCUAGCAUGGAAAUUACUGCCAAAUGUGUCUCCAUGGGUUCUCUCUACUGUAGAAAAGGGUUCUAUGGUACCACAGGAGUCAACACAGAGCAGAGCCCAAUGUUAGCGCAGGAAGUAAGAUCCCUCUUGGUCAAAGGGGCCAUUGAACAUGUACCCCGUUCCCUGUGGGAGGGAGGUUUUUACAGACGUUAUUUUCUGGUCGGCAAAAAAACAUGGGAGAAUGUGGCCAAUUUUAGAUCUGCGUCAUCUGAACUGUACUCUGUGGACAUACAGGUUCAAGAUGCUGACACCCACACUUAUCGUUCCACAGAUUCAGUUUGCGGACUGGUUUGUGACGAUAGAUCUAAAAGAUGUAUAUUUCCACAUAUAUUGCCCUGUCACAGGAGGUUCCUGAGGUUUGCGUUUGGAGGCAAUGCGUACCAAUAUCGGGUUCUUUCCUUCAGGCUAGCUUUAUCCCCUUACACCUUCACAAAGUGCAUGGAUGUCAUUCUGGCUCCAUUGUGACUCCAGGGCAUCCUUGUACUAAACUACCCGGACGACCGGUUAAUUCUAGCAUGGUCCAGGGAACUGGCGAUUCAACAUCGAGAUGUUGUUCUCGCCCACAUGAAGAGCUUGGGGCUCAGGUUGAACCUCAAGAAAAGUAUGCUUUCUCCAGUGCAGUGGACAACUUUUCUAGAGGUUAUAAGGAUUCUACUACAUUGAGGGCGUUUCUAUCCCCAACAUGCGUAGGGUAAAUCCUGUCAUCAUUGAGCAAGAUAAAGCUGGAUCUCGGCAUCCCCUCCAGUCUCUACGAGAGACUGUUAAGGUGUAUGGCAGCAGCAGCUAACAUCAUACUGUUGGGCCUAUUGCACAGGAUAUUGCACGGGGGUUUCAUCUGAGGACGACAUCUCUGUGAGUAAGCAGUGUCACGCGGUGAUGCCUAUGUGCUCUGAGAAUUUGGAGGUGUUCCCGGUUUCCAACCUUGGGUCACACUCUAGGGGUGUCUCCUUUUUGCAAGACGGUAAUGACAGAUACCUCUCUCACAGGCUGGGGCACGAUCGUAGAUGGCAGAACAGCUCACGGUCUCUGGAGCGGCCCUCAUCUGGAGUGGCAUAUAAAUCACCUAGAAAUGCGGGCCGUGUUUCUAGCAUCAUGUGUUAGUUGUGACAGCCAACACUGUUCUUGCAACUAAUUCUUCGCUGGGCAGAGGAAAAGUUUUUGUCAGUGAGUGCAAUGUAUAUUCUGGGCAACUGGAAUGUGGGGGCAGACAUCCGGUUGAGGCAGGGGCUGAGGCUCAAGAAUUGGAGGCUCCAUCCACAAAAUGGCAGAGUCCAUAUGACGGAGGUUUGGCCAAGCAGAAGUGGUUGUGUUCGCCUCCGAGGGGACAACGCAUUGCCCACUGUGGUUUGCCCUCACUCCUCCCACACCAUUGGGGUUGGAUGUCAUGGUGCACAUAUGGCCAAAGUCACAUCUGUACAUUUUUCCCAUGAUCGCUCUGCUCCCACAAGCUCUAGUGAGAGUUCGCCAAGUCUGUCUAUGUCAGCUGCUAGUAGCACCUUAUUAGCCAGCUCGAAUAUGGUUCUCAGAGAUAACAUCCCUGCUGGAGGGCACUCCUUGGGAGAUUCCCAUCCACAGGGAUCUACUGUCUCAAGCCAGAGGGCUGAUUUAUCACCCUCGGCCAGAACUAUGGAAACUGUGGGUCUGGUCCCUGCGGGGCACCAUCUCAUAGAUUCUGGUCUCGCAACUGACGUUGUAGAGACCAUGUUGAACACUAGUGCACCAUCCACGAGGAAGUUGCAUAUGCUGAAGUGGCGACUUUUUGUCUCGUGGUGUGAGGAACGUCAGCCAGACCCACUGAACUUCACAAUAGCUACAGUCCUGGAAUUCUUACAAAGAUGUUUCGCAGCAGCGUUGGCUCCUUCUACAUCAGGGUCUACGUGGCCACCCUUUUGGCCAACCACUCCCCUAUCGAUGGAGCCUCUGUGGAGCAGCAUCCUCUAACUUCGAGGUUUAUGCGUGGUGUCAGGCAGUUGAGGCCCAUCUGCAGACCAUGCAUACCUCCACACACACAAACACACAUACACACACACACAAGAUUUUGUUUUAGGAGCAGCAUUUUCUUUAGUUGAGAGAUGUGAAAGAUUUUUUCCCACAACUUUACCUGUAUGUUUGUUUUGUGUUUUCUACGAGGGUAAGUAAUUCCAGCAGAAGCGAUCAGCAUCUUCAGGACUCAGCUGUGUGUCCACGAGCUGUCUGUGUAUACACUAAUAUUCAAACAUGGAGACCCCUGACCUGGACACAGAUAAUGUGACUCCACCCUCAAAAAACCAUAAACUCCAGAGAAAGAGAUCAGACUCACCGGAACCCAGCUGUGUCUCCAUGAAGAGUGAUGCGUCUAUGGAGUCUCCAUGGUACUUUAAAAAUGGAAACCCCUCAUCUGUACACAGUGUUCUACAGAAGUCAAGAGACAGAAGAGAAAAGAACGUCAUCACAGCUACAGGACACGACCCAGAACCUGCUGCUGUAAAUGAAUUCCAGAAAAAGUUCAAAGUAAAUCUGAUGAAGAAAUUUCAGUGUUUAAAUGGAGUGAUGAUAAACUCGGAAAACCGAACGCUCCUGAAUGAGAUCUACACAGAGCUCUACAUCACAGAGGGAAACAGUGGAGACAUCAAUAAAGAACAUGAGGUGAGACAGAUCGAGGCAGCAUCCAGGAGAACAACAACAGAGGAAACACCAAUCAAAUGCAAUGAAAUCUUUAAGCCUUUAUCUGAUCAAGACAAACCCAUCAGAACUGUGCUGACAAAGCCCUUAUCUAAAAAAGACAAACCCAUCAGAACUGUGCUGAAAAAGCCCUUAUCUAAAAAAGACAAACCCAUCAGAACUGUGCUGACAAAGGGAGUCGCUGGCAUUGGAAAAACAGUCUCUGUGCAGAAGUUCAUUCUGGACUGGGCUGAAGGGAAAGCAAAUCAGGAUGUCCACCUCAUUUUUCCACUUCCUUUCAGAGAGCUGAAUUUGAUGAAGGACCAGAAACUGAGUCUGAUGGAUCUCCUUCAUGUCUGUUUUAAGGAGACAAAAGAAACAGAAAUGUCCAGUUUGGAAAAGGUUCUGUUCAUUUUUGAUGGAUUGGACGAGUAUAGUUUUCCUCUGGAUUUCCAGAACACAGAGAGAGUGUGUGAUGUAACUGAAUCAGCAUCAGUGCAUGUGCUGCUGAUAAACCUGAUCAAAGGGAAUCUGCUUCCCUCUGCUCUCAUCUGGAUCACCUCCCGACCCGCAGCAGCUGAUCAAAUCCCCUCUGAGUGUGUCCAUCGAGUCACAGAGGUACGAGGGUUCAAUGACCCACAAAAGGAGGAUUACUUCAGGAAGAGGAUCAGUGAUCAGAGCCUGGCCAAUAACAUCAUCACACACCUGAAGUCAUUAAGAAGUCUCUACAUCAUGUGCCACAUCCCAGUCUUCUGCUGGAUUUCAACCACUGUUCUAGAGAGAAUGUUGGAUGAAGCAGAGAAUGGAGAGAUCCCCAAGACUCUGACUCAAAUGUACACACAUUUCCUCAUCAUUCAGACAAACAUCAUAAGAGACAAGUACUCAAAGAAGCAGGAGAGUGAUGAAGAAAUGCUUCUCAAACUGGGACGACUGGCUUUUCAGCAGCUGAAGAAGGGCAACCUGAUCUUCUAUGAGGAAGACCUGAGAGGGUGUGGCAUUGAUGUGAGAGAAGCAGCAGUGUACUCAGGUGUGUGUACGCAGAUCUUCAGAGAAGAGUUUGGACUUCACCAGAGUAAAGUGUACUGCUUUGUUCAUCUGAGCAUUCAGGAGCAUCUCGCAGCUCUGUAUGUGCACCUGACAUUCAUGAUGGAAAAGAAAAAUGUUCUUAAUCAGUUCUCUGACCAGUUCACUGAAGAAAUUACAAUCUCAGCUGUCCACAAGAGUGCUGUAGAUCAGGCUUUAAAGAAUCAGUCUGGACAGCUGGAUCUUUUCCUCCGGUUUCUUCUGGGUCUCUCACUGGAGUCCAAUCAGAAACUCUUACAUACCUUAGUAACACAUACAGGAAGUAGCUCCCAGACAGGACAGAGGAACACAGUACAGUACAUUAAGAUGAAGAUUAAUGAAGAUCUUCCUACAGAAAAAUCCAUCAAUCUGUUCCACUGUCUGAAUGAACUGGGGGACAAUUCUCUAGUGGAGGAAAUCCAACACUACCUGAAAUCUGGAAAACAAAGUGAACUCUCUUCUUCACAGUGGUCUGCUCUGGUGUUUGUCUUACUGACAUCAGCAGAGGAACUGGAGGAAUUUGACCUGAAUAAAUAUUUCUCUACAGAUAAAAUAAGAGAGGAGAUUCUUGUGAAGGUGAUGCCUGUGAUUGCAGCAUCCAGAAAAGCAAUUAUCAGGUGUGAUACAAUUCAAGAACGUGGUUGGUCAGCUCUGGACUCAGUGCUCAGCUCAGAAACCUCCAAUCUGAGAGAACUGCAUCUGACUGUGGAUACACUGGAUCUGACUGGGAAUACACUGGAUCUGACUGAGAGUAAUCUAGGAGACUCAGGAGUGAAGUGUCUCUCUGCUCUACUGGAGAAUCCUCAUUGUAAAGUAAAAAAUGUGAAGUUGGAGUGUUGUGGUGUCUCAGAUGAAGGCUGUGCUGCUCUGGCUUCAGCUCUGAGAUCAAACCCCUCACACCUGAGAGAACUGGAGCUGUCUAUGAAUAAACUAGGAGACUCAGGAGUGAAGUGUUUCUCUGUUGUACUGGAGAAUCCUCACUGUAAUCUGGAGAUACUGAAGUUGUGUGAUUGUGAUAUCUCAGAUGAAGGCUGUACUGCUCUGGCUUCAGCGCUGAGAUCAAACCCCUCACACCUGAGAGAACUGCAGCUGUCUCUGAAUAAUGUAGGAGACUCAGGAGUGAAGUGUCUCUCUGCUGGACUGGAGAAUCCUCACUGUAAACUGGAGAUACUGAAGUUGGAGGAGUGUGAUAUCUCAGAUGAAGGUUGUGCUGCUCUGACUUCAGCUCUGAGAUCAAACCCCUCACACCUGAGAGAACUGGAUCUGUCUCUGAAUAAUCUAGGAGACUCAGGAGUGAAGUGUCUCUCUGCUGUACUGGAGAAUCCUCACUGUAAACUGGAGAUACUGAGGUUGAGUUAUUGUGGUGUCUCAGAUGAAGGCUGUACUGCUCUGGCUUCAGCUCUGAGAUCAAACCCCUCACACCUGAGAGAACUGCAUCUGUCUGGGAAUAAACUAGGAGACUCAGGAGUGAAGUGUCUCUCUGCUGGACUGGAGAAUCCUCACUGUAAACUGGAGAUACUGGGGUUGAGUUAUUGUGGUGUCUCGGAUGAAGGCUGUACUGCUCUGGCUUCAGCUCUGAGAUCAAACCCCUCACACCUGCGAGAACUGAAUCUGUCUGAGAAUAAAAUAGGAGACUCAGGAGUGAAGUGUCUCUCUGCUCUGAAGAAUGAUGAACAUUACAAACUACAGUCACUGGUAUUUGAAUAUUAAACGACACACAUCUGAUCACUGAGUAGAACGACCUGUGAUCCCUGGACAAAAUUUCCUCAAUCCCAAUGAAAACCUGAGGGAUUAUUUGGAACAGCAGGUGAAAAACCACACGAACUCCAGCUGGACCCAGUCAGUGGAAGACGGAGCUGAAAUGGACAGGAACAGUUUCAUGGCAUUGGUGGGAUUCUCACCUGACAGGAUUAGCAUCUGAGGAGUUUAUGUGAAGAAGCCCCUGGGAGACUCACUACAAGUUACAUUUAUCACUCUGUCCUUUAGCUGGUAUUUAAUAUAGUGUAGAUUUUUUGGUUCCAGGAUCAGAUCUAAUCUGUUCUUUAUUUUCUCUGAUAUCUGAUCCCCAUUUCUUUGCUAGUAUCAGCUGAUCAUACCCGGUAUUUGAUCAGUGCCAUCUCUAUUACUUAAGUAUACGCUAUUUGCAAUAUUUUGUGUAAUUGUGUCAGUCAAAUACAGUACAUUUUGAAGAAGUGAAUAUGUUGUAUCUUUGUAUUAGACUACAACUUGAGAAGAAUACAGUAAACACUCGGACGUAAAGUUAACUCGUGUUUUAACCAGAGCAAGAGAGAGAAACAUAUCAAUGCGCAUGGCUAAUUACCAAUCAGAAAUCAAUGCUAAAGGGAGUGAUUCCACUUAAAGAAAUAGAUCCACUCUAAACACUACAGUCUUUAGUUCUGCUGGAACAACCCUAGAUGGAAAAUGAUGGAAAGUGGGGAACGGACACAGAGCUUAUGUUGAACUUCAGGUUAUAAACCACAAUAAUGCCUCCACCUCCGCCAGAUAACCUCGGGAGAGUUAAUACUCCAAAUCCCGCUGGAGUGAUCUGUUUAAACAGAAUCAUUUUCUUUAUGCCAGGUUUCGGUUACGAACAACAAGUCCAGCUUUUUAUCUGUAAGAAAAUCCGAUAAAAGCAGUGCCUUGUUAUUCACAGACCACGCAUUGAAUAAUGCGGCAUAAGCCAGGCUCUGAAGCGGCAGUGGUUUAAUCUCCAUGCGCGGAACCGAUAUUAAAUUACUGUGAUCAACACCAGUAUGGAACAGUUUGUUGCUCUUACGUCGACCGGUAAAGAUGUUAGGAGAGGAUGAGACAGCAAAACUGCGUCUCAAAUAUGGACAUAUGGUUUAGGACGUAGCAGUCCAGCGUCUCAACAGAGUUUGUAAGAGUCUUUGGCUAGACAAUAAUAGCUCUGUUUUAAAUUCAGAAGCUGGCGUGUAGUGUACCUUAAGGCCAUGGUCAUUAAGUGCACACUCACAGCCGGACCGAGGUGUUGAUACUCCGGAGCGUACUAUGAGCACAAAGUCGUACAAUCCUCAUACUCUGCCCGACUGAGGCGUUGAUUCCCCGUUGCAUGCUGCAGGUUAUUCCAGGUGGAACACAGGAGUGAAAACAACCAUGGGCAUAACCACACAUUCUUUGUCGUGUCGGGUCGUGUCCCCCCCAAUGUUGAGGAAAUACCAAUCUGUCCCCCCAAUAUACAGGAGAAAAUAUUUUCUAUGUCGCCCUUUAAUGAACCCUGCCAACGUAUCUGUCUUUUCUUCAUCUAUUCUAUUUAUUUAUGUCUAUUCCUUUUUAAUAUAUUUCCAAUUGUACACUUGGUUGCGCCCAUACUCAACGCAAGUUCGUUGAUAUAUUUUAGCAGCUCAGUCUGUAAGAAAUGGAGACAGCAGCCAAGUGUAGAAAAGUGCAACAGAACAUACAAGCUUUUUUCAGAGAGUAAGUAACUAGAUACCUAAAUAGUAGGUAACCUUAGCUUAGUAUAGAAGGCAUCAUACCAUGGCUUGGUUUGUUCUGAAGAGCGUCAAUUAACUUUUGAUAUUUUCACACCCAGGAAGUAGGCUAGGCUAACGUCAGUUCCAGUUUUUGACCAUUAAUGUUACAUUCACUUGCAUAUCCUCCUGCCGAGUUCGUUGUGAACCCUCACGUUGUGACAAACUGUUAUAAUUGCGAGUGAAAGUGAGGAAAGUUGCACAGCAUUUUGUUCAUUUACACUACAUUUGGGCUAAGGACAACUAAGUGAUUUUACAAAUAUAAGGCUCAGCAUAAUGCUGAGAUGUGCUAGCUUGGCAACGAGAGAUAGGGAACUAUCGUCUGAGUUGUGGCCAUAUUGCAGUUAUCCAUUCAGAACUAGUUAUGGGAGUUUGUCUUUAGAAUUAAGAAAAGAAAACUCUGGUACCCUUUACAUAGCUAACAUUUCAGGUUACCACUAUAUAUUGUUGUACACUUUGUACACUUAUUACAUAGCAAGCUAAACAGCAUGAUGACAUUAACAUAAUAAAUGACACCAGUUACACAAACAGAAUAUCCAGUUUAUCAAAUUAAAAUAAUCAUCUAAGUCAGUCAUUGCUCUUCUGGGAAAAUAAUGGUACCUGGUCACAAUGCAGGCAGCACAGCAUUGCUUAGAAGCAUCCGUGGGGAAAUUGUAUUUACAACAUACAGUAUCUCAUAAAAGUGAGUACACCCCUCACAUUUUUGUAAAUAUUUGGUUAUAUCUUUUAAUGUGACAACACUGAAGAAAUGACACUUUGCUACAAUGUAAAGUAGUGAGUGUACAGCUUGUAUCACAGUGUAAAUUUGCUUUUCCCUCAAAAUAACUCAACACACAGCCAUUAAUGUCUAAACCGCUGGCAACAAAAGUGAGUACACCCCUAAGUGAAAAUGUCCAAAUUGGGCCCAAUUAGCCAUUUUCCCUCCCCGGUGUCAUGUGACUUGUUAGUGUUACAAGGUCUCAGGUGUGAAUGGGGAGCAGGUGUGUUAAAUUUGGUGUCAUCGCUCUCACACUCCCUCAUACUGGUCACUGGAAGUUCAACAUGGCACCUCAUGGCAAAGAACUCUCUGAGGAUCUGAAAAAAAGAAUUGUUGCUCUACAUAAAGAUGGCCUAGGCUAUAAGGCUAUGGCCCAAUGUCCAUACCAUGGUUACGAACUUGACCACCAGUACAGUACAGUACCAUCUAGGAGGUCAGAUUUUGACUGCCCCGUAUGCCUUAAGGUAGUGGUCACCAAACCUGUUCAAUAAAAACAGCAUUUUGCUAUUUUUGCUAAGACUAACCCUGGGUUUUAUAUGGCACAAUAAGUUAUAUGUGUAAUAAAAAGGUAUAUCAUUAAUAAUAUAUAUGCUAUAAAAAAAUAAACAAAUACUUUAUGCAUACUGUAUCCUAACACUGCAAUAAACUAGAUAUCCUGUGUAGUAGAAGAUUAUACACUUAGUAGAAUCUUAUACAGUUGCCCAGGUCAUGCACUUUUUAGACGGUCUCUUAUUGACUCCGUUACUAUAAAGCGCGGAUGACCUGCGUUUCCGAAAAAUUGGCUUCCACGGGCUUUAACCUGUGUUCGUAGUAGUAAGCCCAAGUGGUGAGAAAAUGUAUAGCCUACAGCUAAAUAGUGAAAUUAAAUAAUGCACUUAUCAGUGUCUCAGGGUUAAACUGAACUCACUAAGGUCUUAAAAUGAUAGAAAGGAACUGUUGCGUGUGCUUGCUGAUUUUUUUUCUGAAGUUCACAGAAAGCAAGUGAGUUUUUGAUCAACUACAGGUAGUGAGGUUUGUGACGUGUUUAAAACGUCACCAUUAUUAAAUACGUGGCCAAUGAGCUAUCUCCCUACCAUAGUAUAUAAGCUUGUUGUUUAUGCCUCAUGGAGUGUGUCAUGGUCAAAAAUCAGCCCCUUCCUUUCGUUGCUAUGGACUACGGAGGAAUGUGUUUUUAGCUGUUUGAUGUUAGUGUUGUCCAGUCAUAUCAUGCGAUGUACUUCUUUAUUGUGACGUUGGGCUAUCGUGUGUGUGUGUGUGUGUGUGCUGCUCACUCUCAGUGCGGUGUGCCAUCAGGGCUCCCCCCUGUGCAGCAUGGCAGUUUAAGUAGCCCAGGUCGGAGUACCAACUGUUGCAGUUGUAGCUAUUAAAGAAGCUAUCAUAUGAUUUCUGUAAGUGCCGUCAUGAGUAUUAUGUCAUUGGGUCACUGUAGGUAAAUUGUUAUUUUUUUUAAUAAGAGCUAAAUGAUCUCCUAUGCUUCCCAAAUUGAAAUUGUAACAUGUUGGUAUUAUUUUUUGUUCCUUUGCUUUAUUUUUGUGGGCACAGCUUUGUGCUGGUUAUUGUCACUAGCUCAGUUUUCUUGAGUACGACUGUGUUGUAACAGUCUUUAUCAAUCGUGCUGAUACCACCAUGUAGUGAGUUUGGUCAGCUGUUGCUGUCGUACUUGCCUGCCCUUCAUACAGGAAGUCUCAGUCCUCCUAUGACGAUUAUUGUUAAUUCCUUCUUGUAUUUUUUAAUUCGACCAAUGACUGUUGAUUGUGUUGGUUUCUGGUUUUAAAUCAUUCUUGGCCAGUUUUUUUUCUUAGCUUUAGUAAAAAAUAUUUUUGUAUGGAAACCCAUGCCUCUUGCCUUUUCUAAGUGGAUUAUAGUUGUGUGCCUUUAUUUGGGUUGUUUUCCCCGCUUCCUCAGGGUGACGUAGUCAUUACAAGCGAGUCACUUGCUACAUACAUUUCAAUGCAGCAUUCACGUGGCAGUGGAGGGUGUGGUCAAGCUGUGACAGAGAUGUAGACUGGGGUUCUACAAGUCAUUUCACUCCAUCAGCGCUGUGUAUCAUUUAUCAUUCAUCUUUAUUAAGUGCUUUAUCCUGGUCAGGGUCAUGGUGGACCUGGAGACUAUUCCUGGAAAACUUUUGAACAAUUGUAUAAUUCACAAUAAACUUAUCAAUGCCCUCUUCGGUCCCAAUGGACCUGUACAUUGUCUUCCCAUAAGCGGCAAGGAAUUCCCAGGGAUCUAUGAGCCUACAGUAUGACAGCUCCCACCACUCACAUGCUCCCUCCAGACAGGGCAUGAAAUACAAGCACAUGGCAUUGUGGAGUGUAAAUUAUGAGGCACCAGUAAGGAGGGUGACGUCAUAAAUGUCAAACAUUGAGUUGUACAAAUAUACAGCCACUGCAAGGUGCUAAAGGAAACAGGAAGCCCUUGAAACCCCUUACCCUUGGUCUUGUGGCCCUCAUCAGUGUUGCUGUAACAUUAGCAUACUGCUCACUUAAUAUUUCAUAUGAGACCACUUUAUUGUGAUCUGUUGAGCAAGAAUACACAGGGUUAAAUGCAGAUGUACAUAAAAACUACAUUUAUAAUAAUGUAUGUAUAAUUCCUGUAUAAUAAAAUUCUUGUAUAUAAAAUGUAUAAUAAUUCUUCCAUUCCUCUCAAACUCUUCCAGGUGGUACGUAGAAUGUUGCUGUGACUUUGUAAUUUUGCUCAUUUCAAGUAUUUAGAUAUAGAAUAAAAGAGAUCUGCCAUUGAAAUAAUAAUCCUUAUGUUUGUUUUAUAAAACUCUUAUAAUGGGACAUAUUACACUAAUUUUCCUCUCUAAAAUGUCUGCACUUACUAAGAUCAUAAAGCUGUGAUUAGAAAAGAAAAGAAAAGAAAAAACCCUGUCCUUCUGUUAUGUACUCCAAC